CAUAGCUUUUUGCAGGUUGAUGCCUUUUGCUGCCAAACGACGAGCGAACAAGAAACGUCUUUACCUAUCUAUACAUAUCUCUCUCUUUCUCUCUCUCUCGUUGCUCUUUCGCCAUAGGUAGUUUUCACUUCUAUGCAAGCUUCUGAGAAGAAUUCUGGUCAACGUCUUCAAUUCGCUACCCCUAAGCUAUAAUCCCCCCUCGACGACACCAUGGACCAGACGGAGGAGACACGGCUGCGCUCCCGAUCACCUCUUACGCGCGAAGAAUACACCCAACUAUGGAAAGAUUCACGUCUUUCUAUUCCGCCGCUGGUGCGGAUACCAGCUGCCGCCACCACUGCCUUUGGCAUCGGCAUGACCCUGGGCCUCGCACACGGCAGCAAGAUGGCCGGCCUCCGUUUUCGAGCCGAGCACGCUCACCGACUGCCUACGACCACGACCGGCUGGUAUCUAUAUCAUAAGAGCAAAAACUACCAUCUAGCUCUAGGAGGCCUGAAGGAGGGUUUCAAAGUCGGCGCUAGACUCAGUGUGCUGAGCACUGCCAUGUUCUUCGCCGAGAACUUGUUCGAUGUUUACCGUGGAAGCCAGGACUUCAUAAGUACCGUUGUGGCAAGUCUUGCGGUUGCAGGCGGAUUCAGUCUAUGGAAUCGCUUCUCGGCUGCGGAAACAGCAAGAACAGCAAAGAAGGGGCUCAUAUUCGGCCUCGCAUACGGUGGUAUUCAAGAUGCGCUCUCUCUUGCCAAAGGCCGCUCUGUCGGAUAUGUUACCUUUAUUCGGAAGCAGAUUGGCAAGCCCUCGCAAGACGCCGAAUUAUCUUCGUAAAUCACAAAUC